UAAACAAACCGGCUCGUUCGGCACGAAAAUCAUAACCGGAAUUUAAAAUCGUAAUCAUUGCUGUAAUUAUGGACAAAACGGUGAUUAGAAGAGUUAUCUCCGACUUAAGUGAAGCUAAACCAGCAGAUCUCAACUUAAAUCGACUGCAAAGUAUCAUCGGUGCUGCACAGGCGCAAAUUUCCAGCCAAUCGGAGGUCGUUGACCCGGACCCGUUAUGGAGCACUUCGGCCGCCUACCUGUUGGUCCAGCAUCAGUUCCUAACGACUUGCUUGGUUCAGAAGAAAGUGUUUGCGGACAAUCCGCUAAACCCUACCCAAGAAGAGGACGUCGUCAGCCUACAGGAACUGGAUCAAUUUUUCAGAGCUACCGAUGUAAUAAGACAGUUUACUCUCAAUCUUUAUCUUCCCAAAGAACUGAGGAGCCUAACGAAAUGCGACCUAAAGUUGGUCGUUGUUAAUUUGGACCACCAGGAGCAGAUUCGAAGGUUGACGUUUUGCCUUGAAGCGUUCCUGAAAUUGUUCAUGGUAAAAUUCGCCGUGGUGGACAAAAGGAUGGAAAAUAGCAUCUUGGAUUACAUAGCUGGAGUUUUUGAACUUCACUAUCUAAAAAACUCAAUCCAGGAUCUACCCAAUGAUCCCUUAUUUCAGAAUUUUGAUUUAUUUUCAACCGAGAUUCUUUUCAAAAGUUUGCUCAUUAUCAAAGGGAAGCCAGAUCUUCCCACAGAUUUGGCAAAACAAAUCCAUCUGGAGCUUCUAAGACGCACCGGAUUAAAGGGUGGCUUCCCUGUUCUUUGUAAAACUCUCUUGGUAAAUGUUCCAUCGGAUGAGACUCCAGUCUGGCAGAAAAGUAAAGUUAUUGCCAAAAUUGUCGGUUGCAAAGGUCACACGAAAAAUUUUUACCGUCAAGUCCUACAAGAUUGCUUCGAGUUCAACGAAGCGUCUCUCCAGAAAAAUAACGAGGAAAGUCUGAACUUUGCAAGCACUUGCAUCGAAUGCUGUAAGCAAAUUUAUCAACUACCACCGGCUUACGCAGAACUGAGAAAAACAAUAGAAACCUACUUCGUGUCACGAUUCGAUUUGUUGCACCAACCUACGGAACUACUUAGUGGAACCAUUAUCCUUGAACAAUCUCAACUGGCAGCGGACAUCUACCUCAACUACAUGGCUUUCAGUGGCUCUUCAUGUUCUUCACUCAAUUCUUCGAUUCUCAUUCCAUAUCUACAAAUUUUUCUCAAACUUACCACCCUUCUGCCAUCUCAAAUCAGCGAGCGGAAACAACUCAACCAUUUAAUAAUCUUUUGUUUAGCCAAUCGAGAAAAAUCGGAACUCGAAACCGUUCUAUCCGAUUUGCUCUUCGAAACCAGCAGUUCUUCCCAAAUGAGAAAGUUUCAUCCGAGAAUCGUCGUUAAAAAGGAACCGAACAAUGAUGAAACCUAUUCGAUUUUGGUGGGAUCAACCAAGGGUGCCGGAAUUCCUUCUGAGGUGGGUGUGGAUGGCGAGAUGCAGUCGUCCUCUUUGGAUGAUCAAGAGGACAGUACGAUACCGGUGAUGGUUGAAGUGCUAAAGGAUUCUAACCGAAAUUUACUCAUUUAUGAUGUGUUCUUGGUGCUGCUGAAGCUGGUCGAGCGGAUUAGUGCGAACUCACCCAAAACCCUCCUAUUGGAUCCCGAGGAACGUGAAGCAAUCGACUGCAAGCAGUUCUACCGAAAAUACGUGCUCAUCAACGCCCUGAUGGAAUUGAUCAGCCACAAACACUUCCACAGCCAGCUGUACGACAAUCCGUCCGAGAUGCUCGCUUUCCUGGAAGGACUUCUCAAAUCGAACACGGAACAGCGCCAACCCAAUGAGGAUUUGCUAGCCUUGGUACUGUCGAUAUUCCAGGAGUAUUUGCAGCGAUUGCAAUCGCGAAGCGAUGUUCAACGAAUUGUGAUUUUGCUGCAAAAGUUUCAAAGUUCCGAUACUUGUAGUGAACAGUUGAGGAGCCAAAUUGAACAAAUUUUCGUUAGAAGUAGUCCUGAUUUGGAUGAGGAAACACCAUAUCGGAAUGCCUUGAGUUUAUGUUCCGAUCGGGAAGCGUAUUGUAAAGUGUACGGAACAACUCUGAUGAUAAAACUGUUACAAACUCGUGACAAAGAAACGGUGACCAAUAAACACGCCAUUCUGGUGCUAGCUCUGAAUAAUUUGCGAAAUGUCGAAAGCUACGCGUUUUUAAACUCAGUGCGAUUGCUGGUGGCCUUGUGUGAUGUUCUGGAAUCUGACACAAUCGAAACGCUUAUCAAAGAGUUUAAUAGUGUUGGAAAUGAGGUGGAUUUCCGGCUGAAAAUUGGCGAAGCAUUGGUGAAAACCGUAGAAACGUUGGGACCCAUUGCUUAUAACUACAAGGAACAGCUGAUCAAUUGUUUCAUAAACGGAAGCAAAAGUUUAACGGAUGAGAUCCGAUCCUCAAGCUUGUCGAAUCUAGGAAAUAUCUGCAAAAUUCUUUCGUAUCAAGUGCACCACUUUUUCUAUGAGAUGUUCCUGGUCAUUAAAUCGGCAAUCGAAACAGAUACCUACCUCCCGGUUCGACGAGCGGCCAUACUCAUAUUUUCGCAGCUCAUUGAAGGAAUUGAUAAUCUCCUAAGCUUCGACACCUACCUUUUGCCGAUGUAUCGCUUCCUGAAGCACAUUAUAGCGACCGAAAAGGACGACGUGACUCGGCUGCAGGCAGCCGUCGCCCUCGAUCACCUGUCGGCUAAAACGAAGGACUUGCUGACUUCCCUGCAAACCACGAAGCUGGAGAAGGAAAUUCGGAUAUUUGGAAUUAAGGAUCACCAGUAAAGGUACGACAAAAAAACACAUUUCGUUUAAAAUGGUAGACUAAAAAGCCAGAGGUGCUCAGUUUUAUUGUUCGAUAACACAGCGCACACUUACAAUCUAGCACGAUAAGCUUACUUAAAUAAUUCGAACUAAAGCGACGAUGAUGAUGGUGAUGAUUUUGAUGAUGACGAUGAUGGUGAUGUUUCGGAUGGUUGAGAUUAAUCUAUAUGAGAAUAUUUCUUACGGACUAAAAAGUCUUGGAGAAGGCAAAUGAUUCUUAUUGAUGAAGGUGCAUCUUAAGGUUUGUUUUUUUUUUUUUGGAUGAGUGAUGAGGUACCUUACUAAAUUCUUCAUUGAACGAAUAGCUAUCGGGCUUUAUAUCAAAUUCGAUUGUCUAUUAGGCAAGCAUAUAAGUAUUGGAAUAGUCUAGUGUUGAACUUGCACAGAAAAGUAGAAUUUUGUACAUUUGGUCUAAAUAUUAGGGGCAUAUAUAUUAUAUUGAUUAUCGAUUACGCUACUGUAAGGGACGCUAAUAGAUUUAUGCUCAAUCAUUUUAGAGAUAUUGAGUGUUUGUCCACUUCGCUUUUUUGAGUGAUAUUGUUGCUUAAAUUCUUUAUCAGAUUUUCAACUAUACUCACGAUCUUUUUACGAUUUAGUUAAUAAAAUUUCGAAAUUUGAAGUCAAAUUUAAAAUACAUCUAAACUUAGAAAAUUGUUUGAAAAUUCUUAUGUCAAAUUAUGAUCAAUUUUAUUUUUAUUCAAAUACGACCUGCAACGGAUGUUAUCAACAUUCCUCUCACAAAAUCAGAUCAAAAUCAAACCUUUCGAUUUUAACCUAAUAAGAACUCGAAAUGUUCUAAAAUGUGAGCCAAUAAAGUGCUUCCGAAAACAUGAGAAAAUCACCUCUCAUCGGACAAACAGAUCAAUAAAAACAAGAGAGCAUAACUUUCGUGAAGGACAGACACAUCAAGCAGUUAGUUUAGUUGUAAAAUCUAAAACUUACUGUUAACCAGUCGUGGUUAUUUCGAAUAAAAUAUAAGUAGUGUUCUUAUCCGCCUAC